AUGCAGGCGAUUCCGUAAAACACGUCGUGGAGCUUCAUCAAUUCUAUAUAUAUGUCAGCAACUUAACAACUAACCAACUCGAUCGUAUCUUUUUUCCUUCUCUUUGUCGGAAAAGAACUACGUGCAAAAGAAGAAGAAGAAAAAAAAUGACUCUGUCACCCGCAUUUUCUACAGCCAAGAGCAGCAGGGUCCUGAUCAUUGGAGCCACCGGCUUCAUAGGUCGCUUUGUUGCCGAUGCCAGCCUCGACUCCGGUCGACCCACCUAUGUUCUCGUCCGCUCCAGUGUCAGUAGCCCCAGUAAGGCCAAAAUCACCCAGCAACUGCAAGACAAAGGCGCUGUUAUAUUAUCUGGAUCAAUAAGUGACAAGGAAGUAAUAGAGGAAAUGUUGAAAGAGCAUGACAUUGAUAUCGUAAUAUCGACUGUUGGUGGUGAAAAUAUAUUAAACCAGCUCCCUCUCGUAGAAGCCAUUAAAGCUGCUGGCACCGUUAAGAGAUUUUUGCCAUCUGAGUUUGGGCAUGAUGUGGACAGAGCUGACCCGGUGGAACCAGGUCUCCUCAUGUACAAAGAAAAGCGCAAAGUUAGGCGUUUAAUUGAAGAACUUGGUGUUCCUUACACAUACAUUUGCUGUAAUUCAAUUGCUUCUUGGCCCUAUCACGACAAUCACCACCCGUCGGAAGUUCUUCCUCCGUUGGAUCAGUUUAAAAUCUACGGUGACGGUAGCGUCAAAGCUUACUUUGUUGCUGGCACUGAUAUUGGAAAAUUUACAAUGAAAAUUGCUGAUGACAUUCGAGCGGUGAACAAAAUUGUUCAUUUUCGACCACCAUCCAAUUGCUAUAACAUUAACGAGCUUGCAUGUUUAUGGGAAAAGAAAAUUGGAAGAACUUUACCCAGAGUUACUGUUACUGAGGAUGAUCUUCUUGCUGCUGCUGCUGCUGCAGGAGAAAAUCGUAUACCACAAAGCAUUGUUGCAUCAUUCACACAUGAUAUCUUCAUAAAAGGUUGUCAGGUUAAUUUUUCGAUUGAUGGCCAUGCUGACGUCGAAGUGAACGAUCUGUAUCCUGAUGAACAAUUUCGUAGCUUGGCUGAUUGCUUCACUGACUUUGCCCUCCAGUUAAAUGAUAAAACUGUGGAGAAUGAUGAGAAGCCACAGCCACAGCCACUGCCACUGCCACUCCCACCCACCAAACUUCCCACUCCAAAUAUUUGUGCUUGAUGAUAUCUACUUUCAGUUGUUUUCAAAUAAUGUCAUCAUGUAUUCUCAAGUCAUAUUUUCCCAUUAUGUCGCAAGAAUUAAUGCACUAAAUUUAUGUUGCAAA